GCCAAAGUUGGAGACUUUGGCUUGGCAAGAUAUUUUACAAGUAUCAAGUUUACACGAAGAACACACCGGGAUUACUUCCUUUGAAGUGGAUGGCAAUUGAGUCAAUCAAGGAUUCUGUUUACACGGAGAAGUCUGAUAUGUGGUCGUUUGGAGUAGUUUUAUUUGAACUGUUUACCCUAGGUGGGACACCGUAUCCCGGCUUACAUGUCAGUGAAGUAUAUGCCCAUUUGCUUAACGGAAAUCGAAUGGUGCCACCCAUCAACUGUCCUGACAUCAUUGCUGAUUUGAUGAAGAAAUGUUGGAUUGAAAAUCCACAACUUCGUCCAACAUUUAAAGAAGCGAAAAAAAUGGUACAAAAAAAUGUCCCGACAAUUUCAUCCAUUGAAAAAGUGAAGGAUUUGGAAAUUUAUGAGCAAAAUCAGAACAUAUCGACAAAAAUGUCGCAGUCAGAAGCAGAAAUUAAAUUAUUCAAGGAAAGAAAAAUGGAAGAGAUUCCAAUGGCUUAACCAAUGGCUUAAAUCCUUUUUUGACUUCACAUUCAUAAAAAUUGAAGUUGAGAAAAAUAUCGUUAGAUCGAUGACAAAUUGUCUUAUAUAUAUUGACUUAUAUAGCCUGGAUACAUUACAAUUGUAUUGAACAAAAAAGAAUGAGCAUAUUUUAACGCUAGUGUGAUGUCCACACUUGUUAAAUAAGAAGAUAUAUUUGAAAUCAAGUCUUUAUCCAAGUACUUUUUUGCUUUUUCAUUGAAAAACGUUUGCAGAAAUGUAGAGGUUUUAUUUAAAUUGUUGUGUACUUUUUGAUUAGAACCAAGGGCAGAAGAAUGUAGGGCUAAGGGGCUGCUCACCAAUAAUUAAAAGGGGGGUGCUAAGCCCCCUCCCCCCCCCCAACAAAUAUUCCAUUGUAACAAAGAGCUUUUCAAUAUUCUUCCCAAAACAAGUCCUUGUUUGACAGGGGGAAUACAUAUUAGAUUAUCUCAUUCUGCCUUUCUCAUAGAGAAUGAAAUAUUUAAAGGACAGUAUUUAAUUUUCCUGAAUCUCUGACUAAUAUUUUGCUCAAGGGAUAAGAUUGACACCCCUACCAAGACUUUUCUUGUUAUUCAGCCCCCACACAAAACCAAACAUCUUCUACUGCCAAUGUCUAGAACACACUGUUAUGAUAACAUAUAAAGAUGGUCAAUAACCAAGUUGUAAUACCAAGUUGUAAAUAUUCUGCUAAUUAUAACAUGUUGCAAUGAAAAGUAAAGCCUGAAUUACAUAAGAGAAGCUUUCAAAA